GCUGGGCCCGCGCGGCUCUCGCUCUGCUGCCCCGGGUCGGCCGUGGGGUCGGCGCUGUUCCUCAGGCCAUGAGCGAGGCGGACGGGCUGCGGCAGCGCCGGCCGCUGCGGCCGCAGAUCGUCACCGACGACGGCCAGGCCCCCGCGGCCAAGGACGGCAGCUCCUUUAGUGGCCGUGUGUUCCUAGUGACCUUCUUGAUGCUGGCUGUCUCUCUCACGGUUCCCCUGCUCGGAGCCAUGCUGCUGCUGGAUUCUCCCAUAGACCCACAGCCUCUCAGCUUCAAAGAACCCCCUCUCUUGCUUGGUGUUCUCCAACCAAAUACGAAGUUACAACAGGCGGAAAGGCUAUUUGAAAAUCAACUUAUUGGACCAGAGUCCAUAGCAAAUAUUGGGGAUGUGAUGUUUACUGGUACAGCAGAUGGCCGGCUUGUAAAACUUGAAAAUGGUGAAGUAGAGACCAUCGCCCGGUUUGGUUCAGGCCCAUGCAAAACCCGAGAUGAUGAGCCUGCUUGUGGGAGGCUCCUGGGUAUCCGGGCGGGACCCAAUGGAACCCUAUUUGUGGCUGAUGCAUAUAAGGGACUAUUUGAAGUAAAUCCUUGGAAACGUGAAGUGAAACUGCUCGUCUCCUCUGAGAUACCCAUUGAGGGGAGGAAAAUGUCCUUUGUGAAUGAUCUUACAAUCACUCAGGAUGGGAAGAAGAUUUAUUUUACGGAUUCUAGCAGCAAAUGGCAGAGACGAGAUUAUCUGCUUCUGGUUAUGGAGGGAACGGAUGAUGGGCGUCUGCUAGAGUAUGACAUGGAGACCAAGGAAGUGAAGGUUUUACUGGACCAGUUGCGGUUCCCUAAUGGAGUGCAGCUUUCUCCUGAAGAGGACUUUGUCCUGGUGGCUGAGACGACAAUGGCGAGGAUAAGAAGAUUCUACGUGUCAGGCCUGAUGAAGGGAGGGGCUGAUCUGUUCGUGGAGAACCUGCCUGGAUUUCCAGACAACAUCAGACCCAGCAGCUCUGGAGGGUACUGGGUCGGCAUGGCAACCAUUCGCUCCAACCCUGGGUUUUCUAUGUUGGAUUUCUUAUCUGAGAGACCCUAUAUUAAAAGAAUGAUUUUUAAGCUGUUUAGUCAGGAGACUGUGAUGAAGUUUGUACCACGGUACAGCCUCGUACUAGAACUCAGCAACAGCGGGGCCUUCCGGAGAAGCUUGCACGAUCCCACUGGGCAGGUGGCCUCCUACGUCAGCGAAGUGCACGAGUACAACGGGCACCUAUACCUGGGCUCCUUCAGGGCCCCCUUCCUCUGCAGACUCAGCCUCCAGUCUGUCUAGCAGCCUUGACCAUGGCUGUGCCAGGAGUCCUCACACUGGGCACCACUCUUGGUCCAGGAGAUACCAUGCACACAGCCCUUUCUACCUGCACCUGUUGGUCCUUGGAAGUGGAUGGUGAGACCCUGUGGAUAUCUGGGCUCCUAUAGGAUACCCCUCACUUGGGUUGGAUAUUGCAUUUAGAUGGAAGCAUAAUAUGCCACAAGGAUAAUAAGUACAUGUUAAACCAUUUUCCCUUUAAAAAAAAAUCUAAGUACAGUGAUUCUCUAGGACUUAGGAGACUCCAUGCACUUAUAAUAGGCCUCAGGGUUUGGUAAAUAGAGCAGUAGAUGAGAUGUCCAGGGAUUUUGUUUUUGCUACUGGCCUGUCCUGCCAUCCUCAGUAUCUUUACUAUAAAAUGGGGUAAUACUGGUCUUUGGGGGGAGUGGCACAGUAAGGGCAAGGAGAGCUCAGUGCAGAAAUGUGUCUAGGCCAGUGGGUGGAGCUGUGCAAGUGAUAGAGCUGUAUUCUCCAGAGUUAUGUGGGACAUGGACAUUCCCUUCCGUAGCUCAUACCCUCCAGCUUACUCCAGUUCAGCCCCACUUUGAACCAGAGGGUUUUCAAGACUCCUGAGUCCCUAUCAACCAUUUAAAGGCAAGGACCUGAGUAAGUGCAUAGAAGCAUGUUGAUUGGGACGCCUGGGUGAUUGAGCGUCUGCCUUCUGCUCAGGGUGUGAUCCCAGGGUCCUGGAUCGAGUCCUUCUUUGGGCUCCCUGCAUGGAGCCUGCUUCUCCCUCUGCCUGUGUCUCUGUCUCUCUCUCUGUGUCUCGAAUGAAUGAAUGAAUGAAUGAAUGAAUGAAUAAAUAAAUAAAUAAAUAAAUAAAUAAAUAAAUAAAAUCUUAAAAAAAAAAACAAAGAAGCAUGUUGAUCCCAUCAGCUCAGAGAGGACCUGCCGGACUUCUCUCUGUUGAACAAUCUACCACCCAGCAGCUGGGUACUACAGGGCAGAAUCUAGGGGAGUCCUGUUGACACACCUUUGCUCUUUACCUCUAGACCAACAGGUGAACGGUUCAUAUGUUAAUGUCAUUUGCUAGAGUGUCACAAGCUUGAAGUUGCUGUAUUUUCUGAUAAGUAUGUCUACACACUGGUCCUAAUUUUGUCAGGGGACUCAUAUAAUAAUGAUAAUUAAAUUGACUUGGUCAUUACCCUCUUUGGAUGGUGUUGCCUGUAAUGUAAUUAUAUUAAUUGUGACUGGAGUUUGAUUCCAUUGAGGGCUGAUAUGAGAGGAUCAUUUUGACCAGGACUUUGCUUAGGGACAAGCAGUUCAGUCCAUCUGGCUUGCUCAGGGUCCCUCACAGGGCAGCCACCUCUGGCCAUCACCUCCUGGCAGUGCUCGCCCUUGGGCAAGUUGAUACUAUAUUGUGUUCCUGUUCCAGCCUACAGAAUGGGGCUGGUAUCUGUUCCUCUCUGUCCUGGGUGUUUGUGAGAGCCCAGAAGACCCUGUGUCUGGAAUGGUUUUCAGUUACUUGAUAAGGAAAUAUUUUACGUAGGUAAUGAUACUACAGUUGGGAGAAGAUUGAUAGCUGUGGUAACAUCUGCAUUGUGUGUGUCAGGUUGCACUGGCUGGCAGCAUCCCCUCUGCUUCCUUUCCCAACAGUGGCCAUCCCCCUCCCCCGUGCUGAUCUGGCCUCAUUUUAGGGGAAAGAGUCGGGAUCUGGAAGUUGGCUCAUUUUGUUGUUUUGCCUGCUCAGGGAUGCCUUUAUUUUGCAGUAGCAGUAGGACAGACUCAGAUCAGCUUCAGUCCAGUUGAUGUGACCCAGAAUGUAUUAGGUGGAUGACUCAAUGUUACUUAUGUUACUUUAGAGGAAAAAAAGUUGAGUAUAGAUUAUUAAAUACUUUUUAAUAGAUAAUGGUGCAACCCAUUUAUUAGCUGUCCAGGAAUAAGGUAAAACCUGAUCAUUUUGUCAUAAAAAACGAUUUAAAGUGUGUGGAGCAUAUAUAAGUUGACUUUUUGAUUGAGAACAAAGUGCUUUGCUUUUAGUGCUUGCUUUUUACCAAUGCAAAGAAGCUGGUAAGUUGCUUUUCACAGUGUUCAGCAAAGGAGUCUUGAUUUUUACUUAGAUGUUGAUUUUCUGUCUCAGUGUCAUUUCCUAUGUUUUAUCUGGUAAUUUGCCAUGGUGAGGGGCAAAGUAUAGCCUUAUUAGGUUUAAAUAUGUGAUAUGCUUUUGUUGUAAACAUCAUGCAGAUUUGUUCUAAUGUGAAUUACUAACAUGCUUUUAAAAUUAAAUCAAGUGAUUCAUUCA